GCUGAGUGGCUGCCUGUGCGUGCACCUAUAGCCCUCUCCCCGGCACUCACACACACAUCUCCACGGUGACAGUCGGGGCACAGCCAGCAGCCCGCGCGCAGCCUGCUAAUUGUGCUGCUCUGUCCAAGCGGAAGGAAGGAAGGACUCAAAGACUUCAGAGAAGAAGAGGAGAGAGGAGGCACAGCCAAACUUUACUUUUGUCACGUUUUGCUCUUUUCUUUUUUCGGUGGAGGUUGACAUGACAAUGAUCAGGUUUCGCCGAUGGAUUCGGUAGGACAUCCGUUAUCCGAGUGUUUUUUAAUGCACUCUGAACAAGAAAUGAACUUAUCGAAGGGGCCCUUGGUGAACAGCAGCAGUGAAGAUAACUCCAAGUCCACUUUUAGUAAAUGCGGCGCUGGCGCCUGGAGGAUGCACCAGAGCUACGAUCCGCUGGAGGCCAACCACAUGAGAGACGCACAUGCCCUCUACAACCCCAGGCUUCUCUGCAGAAUGUCUAGUAAGGAACGCCACCUAGAGUCCAACUGUCCGUCCUCGUAUAUAAAGACUGAGCCUUCCAGUCCUGCGUCUCUCACCGACAGUCUGAACCACCACUCUCCUGGUGGCUCCAGUGACGCCUCUGGGUCCUAUUCGUCCACCAUGAACGGCCAUCCAAACGGCUUAGACUCGCCCAGCCUCUACGGGUCCAAUGCAGGCCCCCUGGGACCUGCUGGUGGUCCUGGAUCAAAGCGCUACGAGGACUGUUCUUCAACAAUCGGGGAAGAUUCACAAAUUAAGUGCGAGUACAUGCUAAAUUCAAUGCCCAAAAGACUGUGUCUGGUGUGCGGGGACAUCGCGUCAGGUUACCACUACGGAGUGGCAUCGUGUGAGGCCUGCAAGGCAUUCUUCAAGCGGACCAUCCAAGGCAACAUUGAAUACAGCUGUCCAGCCACUAACGAGUGCGAGAUCACAAAGAGGAGACGCAAGUCGUGCCAGGCCUGCCGCUUCAUGAAGUGUCUGACAGUCGGCAUGCUGAGAGAGGGUAGGGGAAAAGGUGUUCGUCUGGACAGGGUUCGUGGUGGAAGACAGAAGUAUAAACGCAGGAUAGAUGCUGACAACAGUCCAUAUCUGAACCCACAGCUGGCUCUGCCGGCUAAAAAACCAUUUGCCUUUGGCUGCCUUGCAGAUAACAAAAUUGUCUCUCACCUGCUGGUGGCUGAGCCAGAGAAGAUUUAUGCCAUGCCCGACCCCACAGUACCAGACAGCGACAUCAAGGCCCUGACGACGCUGUGUGACCUGGCUGACCGGGAACUUGUGGUCAACAUCGGCUGGGCCAAACACAUCCCAGGGUUCUCCACGCUGUCCCUGGCCGACCAGAUGAGUCUCCUGCAGAGUGCCUGGAUGGAGAUCCUAAUUCUGCGCGUCGUCUACCGCUCUCUGUCCUUUGAAGACAAGUUGGUAUAUGCGGAGGACUACAUAAUGGAUGAGGAUCAGUCCAAACUCGCAGGUCUUUUGGACCUUAACAACGCCAUUCUUCAACUGGUCAAGAAAUACAAAUCUAUGAAGCUGGAGAAGGAGGAAUUCGUCACUCUGAAGGCGAUUGCUCUAGCUAACUCAGACUCGAUGCACAUUGAGGACGUGGACGCGGUGCAGAAGCUCCAGGAUGUGCUCCAUGAGGCCCUGCAGGACUACGAGUCAUCCCAGCACCAGGAGGACCCCCGUCGGGCGGGCAAGCUGCUCAUGACCCUCCCCCUGCUCCGGCAGACCUCCACCAAGGCCGUUCAGCACUUCUACAGCAUCAAGCAGGAUGGCAAGGUCCCAAUGCACAAACUCUUCCUGGAGCUGCUGGAAGCCAAAGUGUGAGAGAGGGACAGACGGACACACGGACACUGAGAAGGUCGCAAGAGGCUGAGCUUCAGUUGAAAAUCCAAAACUGCUUUGAAUGACCUUUUGCUCUUUUACACACGCACUGUCUGCUGAUGCAUCCCUGUAUAAAUAACAUGAUCCGAGCCUCUCACCUGAACCCCACUCCACUCCAUAUUUGAGUGACUUGAAUUUGUUUGGAGGGAAGAUGAUGAACUAACAUCACCCUUUACUCACCAAGGAAGUAAGAUAUUUUGCUUUAGAACUUUGAAUAAUCUCUGAAAAGUUACUAAAAAAGUAACUCGGGACACUUGUUGUGGCAAGGCAGUCAAUUAUGCAUUAAGAUUUUAUUAUUAACAAGUGCUUAAACAAGGACACAUUUUAAAGAACUGUUUGUUUUACUUUUGUGAGAUAAUGAGACUGUACUUUCCCCUUGUCCCAGUUUACUCCAGAGUUUUUUAAAUAUUCAACAAGACAACAACCUAAAGCAUAAUUGAGACUAUGAACUAUUUAUUUCUGUUUACAUGUACAUCUAAACAACUAGACAGAAAGAGAAAGAACUGACAUUUGCCCUGACAAAAAUGGAGGAUGCCGCCCAACUGUCAAAGCUUACACUCUUAGCUCCACUGCUUCUCAACACCUGCUCUCUGGCCUCCCCUUUAACAACUUUAACUUCAUAUAACUUUAUAUACAUGCCAAUAAUACCACAGUAGUGUUUGCACCUGUAAUGUGGCUGAAAAUGAUUUGUCCACACGUAUAAGGUUUAGUGUUAUUCAAAAAUGUAUGGGUCAUUUUAAGACUUGAAUUUCUUCACAUUUGCCCUUUUUCACUGGCCUUUGUUCAAAUUCCUUUCAUUGUGCAGUAAUUACUUCAAUACCCUCCUCUCAUGUUUGUUUUGUACUGAUCUUCACCAGCAUCAGUUCAGAUAUGCAUACUUUAGGCAUCUGUUACGGGAAUGGUUUGAGGAAGAUGUUUGCUGACAAAACUGACUCCUUAUUUUAUUUCUUUUUAUUUGGUAACCUAAACGUGUAAAUAACUCUCACCCUGUAUAUGACAUAUAACACUGCUUUGUUUUCUUAUUAAUAUUGUCUUCUUAAAAACAAAACCAAUCAAUAUGUCUUUCCGUUUUAUAUCAGCUCGUCCACCUUUGACAAUUAUCAUAUAUAUAAUGACUAUAACAAGUAAUAAUGUAUUAACAAAUCAGCGUUUAUCUUAGGAAUUACAAGCAAUGGUGGUUUUUAAAGAAGGGGUUUGUGCACAUGGACUGUGCCCUGAGAACGAUCCUUGCCAGUGUUUGGAGCAAAAGGAUGAUAUAAGGAGCGCUUCUCUUCCUCUUUGUGUAAUUUGCCAUAAGCUAUUAGGAACAGUCAAUAUUAAUAAUAAAGCCGACAGGCUGAUUUUAGCAUUAGCAGAAAUACAAAGUAAACUUAAGCAUCUUUUCACAACCUUUCCAACCAUUUAAACGGUUACAUAGUCUCAUAAUAAAGAGGGACAGUUAUCAUAGGCAGAAGUAAGUACCACGGUUUAAAAAUUGGGGAACGGUGCUAUUACACAGGUAUGUGUAUAGUUAAAAUGGAAUAAAAUUGAAUUUAUUGGCAAAUUUCAAUUCUUCCUUGCACUUUGUUCACUUUUGUUCACCACAAAUGUGAUUUGAUGUAGCCGUACCAUUACAGAGAGGUAGUUACUUUGCCAGUUAAAAAACUGCUGUCUCGACAGAAAGCUAUUACAGUUUCAGCUUUAACUUUAGGGGAUGGAUCUAAAAGUAUUAGUUAUGCAAUUCUUAAUGCCAAGUGAGGAAGCCAAACUGUAUUUUCAGACAGUUCAAGUGAGGAGCAGCAGAGUAGUGCAAGUGACUCCACUCCACGCAUCAGCAUUGUUAGUAAGGGGUAUUUUUACUCAAUGUAUAUUGUAUAAAUUAUACAGAUUAUAACUUAAGACAUUUUAUUGGAAACAAAACAAAAAAGACAAAAAAUAGUUCAUUACGUGUGAUUCAUGUUAUGUUUUUUUAAAUGAAGCUGUUUCUUUCUGUUUUGCUUGUCUUUGGUUGACUCCGUCCUCAGUUCUCAGACAUUGCUGUGCUUAUUGUAGUGGUCACUGUUUGUGGACUGUGUGUUUCUUCUUUAGACGACACAGUAGGGUAGCACCAUCAUGUCUCAUGCUGAACCCAAGUGGAUAUAAGGCUCUUAUUCAAUAAGCCACAGGCACAAAACACAAUAUUCUUUAUCCAGACGAUACAAAUUUAGUACCUAACCAAAAUACACAUUUGCGUGACUUUAUGUAGCGUAACACUAUUGUAUAUCUUUAGGUUAAAUGUGGACAUUUAGGUGAUUCCUCACUGAAGACGAGGCUUUUGCUAAAACGCACUGUACAUAACUGCCCUUAUACGCUCAAAUGAGAGAGAGCAGUGCACUAUUUAUCUGGCAACAACAUGUUUUUAAACACAUUUUAUGGAUCCAUUUGGAUUUAUGUACAUUUUUAAUGCUUGAAAUGACUUAAUUGCACUUAUUUUACAUCAGCGACAUCACUGAGAACAAUGACCUGUCAUGUUUGUCAAGGGAUUAAUUUUUUACAUUUGCACUUCUUUGCCAUCUAUGAAAAAAGGUGCUGACCUUGUGCAAUGUUUUGUAUUGCUGCUUUAAUUUAGCUAAACAAAGCCUUUAAACCCACAAAUAAUGAAUAUACUACUGAAUUUUAUUACAACAGUAGACCUAAGUUAUUCAGUUUUGCGUAAGUAUCUUAGUUUUCAUGUAUCAGUUUAGGUGAAUGUAACGACACUACCCCAGAAUAAAAGAGAAACGUGUCAUUUGUUUUGCUGGGCCCUGAAAACUAUGAUGCUUCAAAUUGACUAUAGCAAUCUUUGGAAAAUGAAGUUGGGUCAUUGCGGUGGGACUUGACAGUCUUACAUUUGUCAUACUGGGAUUUGGACAUGUUUCAGAGCACGGUGUAAGUUUUUUAGAGCCUGUAUGGAAGGACCUGUUACACUUUGGGUGUCAUACGUUACUUGUUCACCUCUGUAACCUGUAAAUCUUUUCUAUGGAAAUCAUGCAUGAAACCAUAUUUUAGUAAAAACUAUGAAAAGACUGGGUGAGCAUAGCCGACACGCAGGACCCUCCAUCUCGCACUGUUUCCCCCACAUUAUACGUCAUUAGUUGUAUUUAAUCUCCACUUGUAACUGCCACUGUGCUGCAGAUACGUACCUGAGCAGCCGAGAUUUACUGAAUUUUGGAAGGAAACCCAUUUGAAUCAAAAAGGUUAUGGAUGCUGACCCUUCCACGGAGAACAGUUGAGAACAAGAGACGACCCUGUAGUGUUAUUUAAAGCUGUCUGUAGAUUUUAGAUGUGCUCCACAUCAAUGAAAAAAUACUAAACAAUUACCUGUAUAUUUUUGUGACGUGUAUCAUACAAGUGUGCUUCGAUGAUAAUGUCCAUUUGUGUAAAUGUAUUUAUUUCACAUUGUAUAUACUGUUCAAUGCAAAAGAGAGACCUAUGAUUCUGUAACUUAAACUAAUAUGGGUUGAACCAUUACAUGUGUUACUCCAGACUAUGCCUUUCAGGAUUAUUACAGUAGAGCAAUAUCAAUUAAAACCAGGCUUCCAGUUUU